ACCCAACUCCUACCCACCCCUAGGGUCACCCCCACCCACCCCCGCGACCCUAAACCCUCGUCGCUGUGUAGGCUCUUUCGUCGCUUCUCUGGCAAUCUGCAAUCUGUCUAUCCAGUUCCGCUCGGAAUCGGGGGUUUCGGUAUACUUACUGGAUGUUGCCGGAGUAAUCUUUGCCGAGAAUCUGGCAAACGAGGGGGGGGAGUGCUUGGAAUGAUAAGUUUGUUUCGUGCAUGCUGUUCAACUCUGUUGUUUAGUACACAUAUUUUUGAAGCGACGAGCGAAUCUUGCAAAUGCUUUUUGCCUUUUCGGAAACCAAGCUUCUGGCAUUCAGGUGCUAGGACAGUGAAUUCGAAAUUGUUGCUAACAAGAAUUCACAUUCGGUGCUAUUCAUCCAAGAAAUCUGGUGGCGGUGGUGGAAGUGGUUCCCUUAAGAAGAAACUUCCUAAAAAGCUAAUGAAGGAUGACAGGGAAGCAUUCUUUGUGGUUCGCAAGGGUGAUCUUGUGGGAGUAUAUAAAAGUUUGAGUGAUUGCCAAGCUCAAGUUGGAACCUCGGUAUGUGACCCUCCUGUCAGUGUGUACAAAGGUCACUCUAUGCCCAAGGAUACGGAGAAGUAUCUAAUCUCUUGUGGGCUUAAGAAUGCUCUUUACACAAUCAGAGCAUCGGAUCUAACUGAACAACUUUUUGGAACUCUUGUAUCUUGUCCAUUUCCGCCUUCAUCUUCUAGAGGUGAAACAUCAAGCGAGCCUGUGACAAAGAAGAGAGCACAGGAAUCUCUAUAUUCAGAUUAUGGAGAAGCUGUGGGACCUAUGCUGGCUUCAAACGAUGGCCUAACAAAGCACUUGAAGUUAGAUUCUCAUAAAGUCGAACGGAAUCAAUCAGCUUGCAGAUCUUGUACCCUUGAGUUUGAUGGUUCUUCGAAAGGAAAUCCUGGACAAGCUGGAGCAGGAGCUGUACUUCGUUCAGAUGAUGGAAGUUUGAUUUGUAGGUUGCGUGAGGGCUUAGGCGUUGCCACCAAUAAUGCUGCCGAAUACCGUGCAUUUAUAUUGGGGUUGAAAUAUGCCUUAGGCAAAGGUUUUACGAGUGUCCGAGUUCGAGGUGACUCCAAACUUGUCUGCAUGCAGAUUCAAGGAUUAUGGAAGGUUAAGAACCAAAACAUCUUCAGCCUGUAUGACGAGGCGAAGAAACUGAAGGAUAAAUUUCACUCUUUCCAAAUCAUUCAUGUCCUAAGGGACUUAAAUUCUGAGGCUGAUGCACAGGCAAACUUAGCUGUCGAUCUCGCUGAAGGACAGGUUCAGGAGGAAAUCGAUAAGUAGCUUUCCAGUGGCUACCAAUGGACUUUCCGAACAUUUCAUAUGCGCCUUAUUAGCUGGACAUCAUCAGCGUUGUGCUUCACCGAGCUAUUCGACAUCGAUUCGUGUCCAUUAGGAUCCUCAAUUCUAACUUCAUCCACAACUGGCUAUGGAUGCAAUGCAUUAAAACCCAAAAAAAAAAAAACAAGAAAGGUGAAAUUUUCUCCUUAAAUUUAUCUUGCUGGUUCCAGCCACUACAUACAUAUACAUAUAUAUAUUGUUGAUACUAUUAUUGCAAUUUUUUGAAAAGUUGUGUGCAAUUGGGGUUGUUUUGUAAAUUGUCACAAGCUGUGAAAAAUAUCCAUCCCAGUGGAGAUUAGGUUUGUUUGAUAAAACAA